ACUUUUGAUAAGUUUAAUUGACUCUGAACGUGUUUUUGAAAAUACGUUAUUUCUACGAGUUCCAGUGAAAUUUCACCCUUCGUGUUGAAAAUUGUUAAAUUUAAUAAAGAUGCUUUUGGGUGCAUUAGUCACAAUAUUGAUACUUACACUUUUCUUAUACAUCACUUAUCGCAAAAAGCGUCUUCCGGGGCCGUGGAAUCUACCAGUUAUAGGUUACAUUCACAAACUAGAUCCCGUAGCCCCUUACUUAACUUUGACAAAACUUGCUCAAAAAUACGGACCUGUUUAUGGCAUUAAACUGGGGAUGACGGACGUUGCAGUCGUAGCCGAUGGCAAAAUAUUGAGAAAAAUUUUAGCCAAAAAUGAAACACUAGAAAGGCCACCUCUGUAUAUGCUAAAUACCGUGUUCCAAGGCAAAGGAGUCGUUUACACGAAUGGACAUGUUUGGAAAAAAAACCGUAAAUUGGUUGCCAAUUUUUUUAAAAUGACAGGAGCGAACAAAUUUUCACCAAACAAAAAAUCGUGUGAAGCGAUGAUAGAAAAGUACGUUGACGAAUUUAUACAAGUUGUGAAAACUCAAGGUGACUGUAUUCCACUAGAUCCUUGGGAACUUGUAACUCGUUACGUAACUAGUGUGGCUAGUACUUUACUUCAAGGCAAACCUUUUUCUUGGGACGAUGAGAAUUUUCUAGUUCUACGAAAAAAUCUGGAUGUAGUUGGUGAACUAUCGGCUCCCGGAACUCCUUUAAAUUUUCUACCCAUUUUACGGUUUUUACCACAGUUCAAACAAAGCGUAAAUUCACUCAAAGACGCCCUUCGUAAAAUUCGUGAAAUUCAGAGCAAACUGAUAGAUGAUUGUAGAAAAUCCACCCCCGAAUUUCCUUCAAAUUUUAUCGAGAUAUAUCUCUUGCAAAUCUCUAAAGACACCAAAGACAUAUACGAUCUUGACCAGCUGCCGUACCUCGUCUACGAUCUCUACAUGGGUUUUACCACAGCGCCUAUAAGUUACAUAAUGUGGAUUUUCCUACACAUGGCGCAGCACGAAGAUGUCCAAGACAAAGUUCGUCAAGAGCUUCUUGAGGUCGGGCAAGGUAAAAAGAUCGAAAUGAACGACCUCGCGAAUCUACAUUAUACUAAAGCAACUAUCGCCGAAGUUGGUAGAAUUAGUACCACAGGACCACUCGGAUUUCCUCGCUAUACUUCCGAGGAUAUUUGUGUUGAAGGUUUUCACAUUGCGAAAGGUACAACGAUAAUGCCAUUACUAUGGGCAAUCCAUAUGGAUCCUAACGUGUGGAAAAACCCUGAAGAAUUUCGUCCUGAAAGGUUUUUGACCGACGAUGGAAAGUUCUACAAACCGGAAGCGUUUGUUCCUUUUCAGAUUGGGAAAAGGAUGUGUGUUGGGGACGAAAUGACAACAAUGAUGGCAUCCGUGUUGGUCGCAAGGGUUGUGCAAAAUUUUAAACUAGGGUGUGUGGAUUCGUCACCAAUAGAUUUUACAGGUGUUUGUGGAAUUACAUUCAAUUCUAAACCACAGGAAAUACUUUUUACGAAGAUAUAGGUCUUAAAACAGUAAAUCGUACACUGCUCUUUUGAACGUACUGUAUCUUAUUCAAUAAAAUAUUAGCAAUAAAACUUUAACUACACAA